AUGUACAACGAUUAAAAAAUUUAUAUCAUUGAAUAAUUGAUUCAAGAUGCCAAUUCAGAUUUGCCAACUUUAUUAUCAUUUGAUACAUUCAUGAAAUAUGUUAGAGUGUCAGAUGUUGUAGCUAUUAAAUUUUUGAUUUAAAAUGUCAACUAAUUACUUUAGAUUCUUUUUAUAAAUUAUGAUCUCAUUUAAAGAUCUUAAUAUUAACUAUAUUCAGAUCUUAUUUCAAAAGUAUGGGAGAUUAUAGAACUUAAUAUUGAAGAGCUUUAAUAAUAAAUUGAAGUAAUUAACUCUUUAUAAUAUUUAGAUAAAUUCACAUAUUGUGUUUGAAUUACUAAAAUACACAGAAAUCCCAGAUGUGUAAUGGGCUUAAGCACAUAAAUUGUUAUAGUUUAUUCAAUAAAGAUCAUAGUAAUUUAGCAUAAAAACUUUAUAUGAAAAAUAGCAUUUAUUAAUACAAUUAUUUGCUCAUUUACAUAAUAAGAGUGUGGCUUUAAUCAUAUUGUUAUUUUUUGAAAACUAAUAUCAUGAGCAAUAACUGAUAUUUUUGAAAUAAGGUAUGGCCUAAUUUGAUGAGUUUGAUCCUUGCACAGCCAUUAAUUUUACAUUUUUAAUUCAUGAAAUCAUUACAAGAAUCGUUCGUUCAGAGUUAAUAAAUUUUUUAUUAUCAAGCACUGUUAUAGAAAAAUCACUUUAAAUCUUACAAAACAAUAAUUUGAAUUUUAUGUAUAAAUAUCUAAAUUAUUAAUAUUUAUAGAGUAAGAAAGAAUGCAGCACAUAUUAUCUCAUUAAUAUCUAAUUAUCAUUCUUUGGAUAUGCAAAAUCUUUAUUUAGAUGAAUCUAAUGAUGACAGUAGAAUAUGUAUUUUUAGGUAGACUGAUUUUUUUAAGGUGUUUGAUAUCAAAAUUAUAAAAAAUACUUUGAAUGAUGUGUUAUUAAGUAGUUCUAGAUUAGGUUUGUUAGCAGUUAAAUUAAUUGAAGUAUGAAAUUAGACUAUAAUUAGAUAGUAGAUAAUGUAGUAAGAAUUACAGAUAUAGAAUUAUGGAAUAAAAUAGAUAAUUCAAACAUUAUGGAAGUGAUUCUAAAUUUAGUUAAAAAGUUUAAAAGUUCAGAUAUUUUUAUAACAUAUGUUAACAAUAUGAUAACAUUUAUACUGGAUAGAGCAAUUAGUGAUUUUCAUCCUUUUUGGUGUGUAUAAAUUUUUACUAAGUAUAAAUUGUAUGCGUAGUAGAUAAUGUAAUUUAAUAAAUUAAUAUUUAUUUUUGAAUAACAAUUGUAGGUUAAAUUAAUAAGAGAUAAAGAUUUCUUACCAUAUUUUGAUGAAUUAACAUAGAUUGAAAAUAUUUUAAGAAAAUCAUAAAUUUGGAAGUCUGCAAAGGAUCAGAUGCAAAAAUAUGAAGAAAAACAUUAAUAUAGAUUAGGUGAAGAUUCAGAAACACCUUCAAUUGAUUAUCCUCUUAUUGUAUCAGCAGUAGAUGAUGAAUGUAUUGAUGAAAUAAUUGAGCCUUAAAAUAAUAUAUUUAUAGAAUGCUUAAAUAAACAAUCUCCAAUUGAUAGUCUAAAUAAUAAUGAAGACUCUGAUGAUGAUAAUGAUAAAUUAAUUGGAGCAUUCUCUGGUUUAGAUACUUUAAAUAGACUAAAAAAUGUAUUUCAUAAAAUGGAUUUAAAAGAUGAAGAAACUAAUUAAUAAUCCCUUGAUAAUUAAUAAUAAUAAAAAGCAAAGAAAUUAAGAAAUUUAUCUAAUUCUUUGAAUAAUUAAAUUCAAUAAGGACAAUGUGAUAAGAUUAGUAGAUCAUUAAAUAAUGAUCAUGAUACUCUUUAAAAGUUAUCUUUAAGUUCAUCAACUAAUUUAAAAUAAAUGAACAGAAGUUUUGAUUCAUUUACAAUUGAAAUACUAGGAAAUGUUAAAGUAAUCAAAAAUAAUCAAAUCUUAAGAGUAGAUGAAAUUGAUAUUACAAAUAAUAUUUCGAAUGAAUGA